AUGGCGGGUCAAGACAAGAAGAAGUCUAAGAAGAAUGGUGUCAGAGGCGACAGUGGCCCGGUGAUCACCGAUCCUCGAUUUGCGAGUAUUCAGUCAGAUCCACGCUAUCGCCUCCCAAGUAAACGGCAUACUCGCGUCCAGCUCGAUAAGCGCUUUGCGCAUAUGCUCGAUGACAAAGAUUUCUCUCGAAACGCUGCCGUUGAUCGAUAUGGGCGCAAGUUGGCCAAAGACGAUACGAAAAAACAGCUCAAGAAGUUCUACCGGAUCGAAGACGAGGACAGCGAAGAAGAGGAUGAGGAUGACAACAUCAGCGUCGAUGACGACGACGAGGUGCAAAAAGAGUUGAACCGUGUGGAGGAACGUCCAUACGACCCAGCGAGAGAUGGUGGUUUCUCAGAUUCGUCGUCAGAGGAAAGCUCCAGCGACGGGGAAGACGAGUCUGAGGUAGAGGAGCCGGAGGAAGAGGUCGAUUUCCCUGACAAGCAGCAGGUCAAUGUUCCUCUUGGUGAAGUGACAUACCGUAUCGCUGUCGUCAACUUGGACUGGGAUAACAUUCGCGCGGAGGAUUUGAUGGCAUGCUUCUCCAGCUUCUUGCCAGCAGGCGGCCGUGUUCUGAACGUUACGGUCUAUCCUAGUGAAUUUGGCAGAGAGCGGAUGGAAAAAGAAGAAACCGAGGGCCCGCCCCGCGAGAUCUUCGCAGCUACAAAUGCGGCGGAAGAUGAUUCUUUGAACAACGAGUUGGAUUCUGAUGAGGAAGAGGAGCAGAUCAAAAAAUCCCUGCUGAAGGCCGACACUGGCGAAGAGUUCAACUCCACGAAGCUGCGCCAGUACCAGCUCGAGCGACUCCGCUACUUCUAUGCCAUUCUGACGUUCUCUACAAAGGAGUGCGCUAAGCAUGUGUACGACCUUGUGGAUGGUGCCGAGUAUCUUUCCAGCGCCAACUUCUUCGACCUCCGCUUUGUUCCAGAUGAUACCGACUUCUCAGAUGACAAGCCACGCGAUUCGUGUUCCCGAAUCCCUGAUGGGUACAAGCCGAACGAGUUUGUCACAGAUGCGUUACAACACAGCAAAGUUAAGCUGACCUGGGACGCGGAUGACAAGUCACGGAAAGAGGCCCAGGCUCGCGCAUUCCGUGGGUCCCGGAAGGAAAUCGAGGAGAACGACCUGAAAGCCUACCUCGGAAGUGAUAGCUCCGAGAGCGAAGGCGAGGAAGAUGGUGGCGUGGAAGUCGUUGACAAUACAACGAAUGAAGGCACUACUACCAAGCUUUCGAAAAAGGAAGCCGAGAAGCAGCGUAUGCGAGCUCUGCUCGGCCUGAGCACCGAGCCAACGCCAAGCUCGAAAUCAUCUGGCCCUGUUGGUGAGAUGGAGGUCACGUUCACCUCUGGACUCGCAGGUGGCCAUGGCAAAGACGGUGGCAUCUUCGAGAACGAACCCCAGAUUGAGGAGACGGCGCUUGAACGUUACGUGCGGAAAGAGCGCGAGCGUAAGAAGCGUCGUAAGGAACGUCGCAAAGCUGAAAAGAUGGGUGAAACGACCGAGGGAGCCGAGGUCGAGGCUCCAUCGAACGCCGACAACGAACCAGCCGUCGACGAGACUACAGAAGCAGACUUGGGCUUUGAUGAUCCGUUCUUCGACGAUCCCAGUGGCAAGACGACUUCUGCAGCUCGUCGGAAGGAGGAGAAGCGCAAGAAGCGGGAGGAACGCGCUGCGGAAGAAGCUGCUUCUGCUGCCCAGCGCGCCGAGCUGGAGCUAUUGAUGUUGGAUGACGAAAAAGCCAAGAUUCAACACUUUGACAUGAAUGAGAUUGAGAAAGCAGAGAAACAGGCUCGCCGGAAGGGUAAGGGCAAGGCCAAGGGCAAAAACAAGCAGAUUACUGUUCAGGAUGACUUCAAUGUCGAUGUCAAUGAUCCUCGAUUCUCCCGACUGUUCGAGAGUCAUGAAUUUGCUAUCGACCCAACCAAUCCUCGUUUCAAGGCAACAUCCGGCAUGAAAGCCCUACUUGACGAGGGUCGCAAGCGACGACACACCGGAGAUGACGGUGAGACAGAACCCCCUAGGGAAAUUCGAGAUCGGUCAAAGAAGCAAAAGAAAUCAACUACCGACUCAGGGCUCGACGACUUGAAAUCUUUGGCCGAUAAGGUCAAGCGGCGAUCAAAGGCAUGA